UAAACAGGGGCGUGGUUAUAUAAUAACUCGUGAGUUUGCAGCUUUGACAGUGCAGUCAGACUUUUUGGAAACAUUGGUCAGGAUGAUUUAUAAAGUAUCUUUUGCUAUCGCAUUGUGUUUUGAUCUCUGUAUUGCCGAGAGCUACGUUUUGGAUGAUAAAGUUGGAUUAGGAAGAACGUUUGACGGCAUUGGUGGUUUGAGUGGUGGAGGGGCAACAUCUCGUCUACUUGUCAAUUAUGCAGAACCCUACCGAAGCCAGAUAUUGGACUACCUCUUCAAGCCAAACUUUGGGGCUUCUCUACACAUCCUGAAAGUGGAGAUUGGAGGUGAUGCCCAAACCACAGAUGGGACGGAACCCUCUCACAUGCACUAUGAAAACGAUGAGAACUUCUUCCGAGGCUAUGAAUGGUGGCUGAUGAGAGAAGCCAAGAAGAGGAACCCCAACAUCACGCUCAUAGGCUUGCCAUGGGCCUUCCCGGGUUGGGUUGGACAUGGGAAGAACUGGCCGUAUGACUUCCCUGAUAUAACUGCAUCCUACGUGGUGUCGUGGAUCUUAGGAGCCAAACAGUACCAUGACCUGGAUAUUGAUUAUGUUGGGAUUUGGAAUGAACGGAACUUCGACAGCAAGUACAUCAAGCUGCUGCGGUACACUCUGGAUAAGAGUGGUUUGGAGAGGGUCAGAAUCAUAGCCAGUGAUAACCUUUGGCAGCCCAUAACCUAUUCAUUGUGUGUCGAUCAAGAGCUGGCCAACGCAGUAGACGUGAUAGGGGCCCACUACCCAGGCACCACCACAGUGAUGGAGGCCCUGAAGACCCAGAAAAAGCUAUGGUCGUCUGAAGACUACAGCACCUUUAACGACGAGGUGGGAGGAGGCUGCUGGGCCCGGAUCCUCAACCAGAACUAUGUCAACGGACUCAUGACUGCCACCAUAUCCUGGAACCUGGUAGCCAGUUACUAUGAGGACCUUCCCUUUGGGAGAGAUGGCCUAAUGACCGCAGAGGAGCCCUGGACUGGGAACUAUGUGGUGGAAUCGCCCAUCUGGAUAACUGCCCACACCACCCAGUUUAGCCAGCCAGGAUGGACCUAUCUGCAAACCGUUGGGCAUCUGGUACACGGGGGAAGUUAUGUUGCCCUGACAGACAGUAAAGGAAACCUCACUGCUGUAAUAGAAACCAUGACUCAUGAUCAUUCUGUGUGCAUCAGACCUCCACUCCUGCCCUUCAAUGUCACAGCCCAGAAUGUAACAUUCCAACUCAAGGGAUCUUUUGCUUCGAUCAAGGAACUACAGGUGUGGCAGUCAAAGUUUGACUUCAAGACUAAAAAGCCGUUCUUCUUCAAGAAAUUGAGCCCCUUAAAGAUUUAUGAUGGUUCGUUCACCUUGAGCCUGGAUGUUGGUGAGGUUUACACUUUAACCACCAUAUCCACUGGGCAGAAAGGGACUUACCCUGAUCCACCUGCCUCUGGCCCAUUCCCUAAAGUAUACAAGGAUGACUUUAAUGUUGCCAACCCUUCCUUCUCUGAGGCCCCAGACUUUGCUGACCAGACGGGGGUGUUUGAGUAUUACAUUAACCUGACGGACCCUGGUCCUCAUGUCUUCACUUUGCGCCAGGUGGUCACACAGAUGCCUGUUACCUGGGCAACAGAUGCUGACCAGACCAUCAGCGUCAUUGGAGACUAUAAAUGGCAGAACCUGACAGUGAUGUGUGAUGUCUUCAUGGAGACGGUGAAGACUGGAGGAGUGUUCAUCGCAGCCAGAGUGGACAAAGGAGGGCAGUCCGUCCGCAGCGCCAAGGGAGUCUUCUUCUGGGUGUUUGCAGAUGGCUCCUACAAAGUCACCAAUGACCUAGUUGGCAAGACUGUACUGGCAGAGGGUCUGUCUGGAACGAGAGCGUAUGGCUGGCACACGUUAACCCUCACAGUCGAGGGGGAGUAUGCCACAGGGUUGCUGAAUGGAUAUCCACUAUGGAAGGAUGCUGUGGUAUUGGGACCAAAGAAUGGCUGGGCUGCCAUAGGAACACACUCAUUUGAACUGGCACAGUUUGACAACUUUGCUGUGGAAGCAAAAUGAUAAUUUUUCUGUGUGUUUGGUGAAUAAACCUUGGUCAUUAAUUUAUUAGCAAAAUUAUGCCUCUAUGAUCCCUGAAAUGUGAUUGUGUGUAAAAUGAAAAUGGUGGGUUUUUUAUUUACACAAAUAUUUUUUAAAGGGAUUAAUUUGGAUUCAGUGCUAUUUCAUUAACAAUCAAACACUGGCACAAAUAUCCAUACUUUCUAUUGUUAUUUUGUGUGUGUGCAAACAGUGACUGAAGAGGGAGCGAGAUAUCUCACUGACUCCUAUACAGUCAAUGAACUAAGUAGACCAGACCCAGUUGCUAUUGCAUCGGUUUCUAUGGGAUAGCCACCCCUUAGACCAGAACUGUGACCAUAUUUAAUUUUUUUGUCAACUGCCUGAGUAAUAGUUACAUAAUUUAACAGUCUUAUCAACAGACUAUUUACCCUAGUCUGCUCUGGGGUUCAUACCAAUGACCUUUUGGUUACUGGCCCAACGAUUUUGAACUGCUAGGCUACCUGUUAGUAAGACCUCUUCAUUUAUCCACCAUCUUAAGUGCAAGCCUUGGCUUUAAAGAUUGUUAAAUGCCUAGUAUUUCCCCAGAAAUAUGCUGAAAUUACUCAACAGUUUGGAUCUGAGAAUUACUGUGAUGGAAUUACUUUUCUGUUAAGCCUUUUGUCUUUCCACUGAUAAAAUAAUCAUUGCCUAAUGACUGUAAAUAUAGAUACAAAAAAAAGUAUGACAAUUAAUACUCUUUACAAUAAAGAGAAGGCGUAUUUUUAAA